AUCACAAGCCACCAAAAGUGUGUCCUUCCCAAAACCCAAAGGCAAAGAACAACCUCAACACUGUCUCCUCAAUCUCCCCAAACUCCAAUUCAAACACUUCCACUCUUUCUAUAAUUUCAUCAAAAACCCAUUUGUUUCCCUACAAUCCCUUCACCAACCAAAACCCCACAUGGCUCUUCUCCACAAGUUUUCAUCUUUCUCAUCUCUCAAUUCCCAACCCACUCCAAAUCACCGUUUUCGCCAACCCAUUUCUUCAAUCAACUGCACAACCUCCCCCACCUCACCCUUCACAGAGAAACACUCCACAGAAAGAUACCAACGUGACCAAUGGGUUUACCAGAAACCAAUUUCGUGUAAUAACCACACUCAAACCCCUUUUGGUGAUGAUUCAACUAGAGAGGAUGAUAUAGCUUUACAGCUUCCGGAGCUGAAGAAGCUGGUUCAGGUGUUGAAGGAAAAGAGGGAGAGUGAAGGGAAAUGCAGUGAAGGGAAGUGUGUUCCUGGUGAUGUGUUUUUGGUUGGGACAGGACCUGGGGAUCCUGAGUUGUUGACGGUUAAGGCUGUUAGAGUUAUUAAGAGUGCUGAUUUGUUGUUGUAUGAUAGGUUGGUUUCUAAUGAUGUUUUGGAUUUGGUUGGUCCUAAUGCUAAGCUUCUGUAUGUUGGAAAAACUGCUGGGUACCAUAGUAGAACUCAGGAAGAAAUACAUGAACUUCUUUUGAGUUUUGCCGAAGCUGGGGCUACUGUUGUGAGGCUUAAAGGGGGUGAUCCGUUGGUCUUUGGAAGGGGCGGCGAGGAAAUGGAUUUUUUGCAACAACAAGGUAUCCAAGUGAAAGUUAUUCCGGGUAUAACAGCAGCAUCUGGAAUUGCAGCGGAAUUAGGGAUUCCGUUAACUCACCGUGGUAUUGCAAAUAGCGUGAGAUUCCUCACGGGGCAUUCGAGGAAAGGAGGAAGCGAUCCAUUAUUUGUAUCAGAAAAUGCUGCCGAUCCUGAUUCAACCUUGGUGGUUUAUAUGGGCUUGUCAACAUUCCCUUCCCUUUCGCAGAAACUAAUGCAUCAUGGUUUGUCACCUCACACCCCGGCUGUAGCCAUUGAGCGAGGGACCACACUUCAGCAGCGUACGGUGUUUGCAGAACUUAAAGAGCUUCCAGAGAAAAUUGCAUCUACUGGAUUAGAGUCGCCAACUUUGCUAAUUAUAGGAAAAGUUGUCGAGUUAUCACCAUUUUGGCCUAUUCCUAUAAAACAAGAAUCAUCUUUAAUGCAAGCAUGAUUGAUGUUUAUGAGAAAUACUAUUACCGGGAAGCUUGUGAAGAUGAAGGAUUACUACGUCUGCAUACAAAAGGGUUGAAGGUUAAUGUGAUUUGGAUACAUUUUGCGAUGUUUGCGGAACUGAAGAACUUCUGCUUUACAACUGCGGUUUCUACUGAAGAACUUUGGAACAUUUUUGCUUCAACAUGUUGCAGAUUUAGAAUAAAACAAAUUGCGAUGCACAGGUUUUGCUAGUUUUUCAACCCACGAUCAUAAUUUACACCAGAGUUUCUGACCAAGGCCACAGUUACCUGGAUUAGUUAACUUUCCAUAGUUUAGGUGAAUUUUUUGUUAUAAUCUAUUUAGGAUCAUUUUUAUUAGGACAUAAUGCAGGUUAGUUUCAAGAGGGGAUUUCAUUAGUUCAGUUUAUGAAUGUUGCUAGUUAGAAUUCGAAGACAUUCCGUCUUUCGACAUUCAUUUGUUAAUGUUACUUGUUAGAUCAGCAUAUUGUAACAGUAUAUUGUCCAAUCUGGCAGCACAUUUGAACCUGUCUAGUGGUGUAUCAACUUAGUGCCUUUCAUGACGAUAUUCUAACGUAAUGUGAAACCCGUCCUUUCUUCUUGA